GCGCUGGCCUGGCAGGUGGGACGGGACGGGACGGGGUGGGACGGGAACAGGUUUUUAGUUACGUUGAGGCAGUGCUUGAGGGAGGUUGUGCUGUCGCUGUCCACCUUGCCCCCCUAUACGUCACUUUCGCCUCAGACAGACACAAAGAAGAAGAAAAGAAGAAAGAACUCCGAAUAAGUGAAGAAAAUUCCGUUUUCGUACAUCAAUAGGAAAACAGGAGGAGAAGGAGGAGAAGAAAAUAGAAGAGGAAGAAGGGAAGACUGAGAAGAAAAGAGAAAAAUAAUGAAGUGAAUGAGAAAAACAUAUUAAGUGAAAAAGAAAACGAGUGUAGAGAGAAAGAAGAAAGAGGAGGAGGAGGAGGAGAUAGGAAAAAAAGAGAGAAAGAGGAAAACGAAGUGAAGGAGGAAGAAAGGAAGAAAGUGGAAAAUAUAUACGAAAAGAAAAGUAUAAAAAGGUGAAAACGAGAAAAGAAUAAGAAAAAAAGUUUGAAAGUGUAAAGAGAGAAAGAAAGAAACGAAAAAGGAAAGGAAAAGGUGGAGAAAAAGAAAGAAAAAAGUGAAUAAGGAAGAAAAGGAAUAAAGAAAGAGAAAAGAGAAGAAAAAAAUAACAACGUAAAAGUGAUUUAAAAAAAAGAAAAAGAAAUAUUGAACACGAAGAGGAGGAGAACAAAAAACAGACAACACAAGGAAGAAGAGGAAGAGGAAAGAAGCGAGGAGAAAGGAAGAGAAGGAAGGAAGAGGAAGACAACUGAUAACAAGGAAGAAAAUAGAGAAAUACCAACAAGAUGACGGGCAGUUCGUGGUACAGACGCUCGCUGUGGAACUACAAGGGAAACAGAGAAUACACAAAGAGUGGGUAUGAAUCAGCGGCCGCCAGGUUCGUGGAGCAGGAUUUGGAUGUGGAUUGCUCGGACAGACACUACAUGAUCACAGGUGCCAACAGCGGAAUCGGCCUCCAGACAGCCUCGGACAUCGCUAAGAAGGGGGGGAUUAUCCAUAUGGUGUGCAGGAACCAGGAAGCUGCGACGAAGGCACGCUCCGAGAUCAUCACCACCACGGGGAACGAUAAGAUCCACCUCCACAUCGUCGACCUCGCUAAGCCCCGCGAGGUGGUGUCUUGGGCUCAGCGGUUCGCGGCGCAGCACGAGCGGCUUCACGCGCUGAUUCAUAACGCGGGCUGCAUGGUGCACGAGCGACGGGUUGACGAGGACGGCGUGGAGACCAACUUCGCCGUGAACACCCUCGCCGUGCACAUCAUUACCCUGACCCUGAUGGAGCUGCUAUUCUAUUCUGAGGACGCUCGUGUGAUACUGGUGAGCUCCGCCGGGAUGCUGUGUGUGCGCCUGGAGCCCCACGAUCUGAUGCACGCCAGCAUGGAGCCCUUCGACGGCAGACUGGUGUACUCGCAGAACAAGAGACAGCAGGUGGUGAUGGGGCUGUGGUACGCCCAGAGGUUCAACAACGUCCACUUCUCGUCCAUGCACCCUGGCUGGGCCGACACACCUGCCGUCCGCUCAUCCUUACCACAAUUUUACGAGAUGAUGAAGGACAACCUGCGCACGCCAGCUCAGGGGGCGGACACGGUGGUGUGGCUGGCCGUGUCCAAGGCGGCCGUCAAGCACCCCAGCGGACUCUUCUACCAAGACCGUGAGCCUGUGUCCAGCCACCUGCCCCUGGCCUGGACCAAGUCGACCAUCGAGGAGGAGGACUUCCUCAUGACCAACAUCCAGGACAUCUACACCAAGAUAUACAACAGAAUGUUCCCACAAGCGCCCGACGCCCAAGACACAUCAGGAACCACCCCAAAUGCUAGGCAGGCCCCAGCACCUCCACCCCAGACAGAAGCACCAGCAACACCCCAGGCAAGCACUGAAGGAGGCAAUAAAGACUUGGCCGAAGAUGAAGAAGCGAAGGUAUCAGAGAGUGAGAUGGAGACAAGCCUUACGGAAAACCCUCCAAAGCCCGAACCACAGCCCGCAGCGAUCCCGGUCCUCCCUCCACCUCCAGCCCCUGCCAGUAAAGUCACACCCUCGAAGUCUGAAGUCCAGGAGGUUGCGGAAAUCCACGCUCCUCCGGCCACACUGCAGGAGAAGACAGAAACGACAGAAGAAAAGAAGACAGACGUAUCGGAAGAAAAAGAAAUCCCAGAACUGAAAGCAGAAAUCCCAGAAACGAAGACAGAAAAAGCGGAGGAGAAGACAAACCCACCAGAGGAACAGAAGACAGACACACCAGCGGAAGACUCAGGGUCGUCUGCACAAGGGAAGGAGGAGGAAAGAACGGAAGAAUCACAGAAGGACAAGGAGAAGGGUGACGAGGCCUCUCCUGCCCCCUCGUCAGAUCCCGCGCAACCAGAACCGUAAUCUUGAACGCCUCUUCCGGUAGGUCUUUUAGCUUAUCUAGAAAGACAAUCGUAGUGCCAAUUCUUAUUAUCUUUGUAUCUUGCACCAUUGAAGGCUGUCUUGAGAUCCUGAUUUGUGUGUUUGAAUGUAGUAUCAGGUCUUGUGUAUUUCCCCUACUCUUUUCCUCUUCCUUUCAUAUGCUGUUUAGAAGGAUAUCAUGGCCCUUUCUUUGCUCUUCAGAAGGAUAUCGUGGUAGUUUCCAUGCUGUCAUGUCUUGGGAAGGCUGUUUUGAUAGGUCCCUGAUUCUGUUCUCUACUCUCAAGGUUCCUGUCUCUUCCUUUGUACCUUGAACCAUGAUAGUUUCUUUUCUGUCUAUCAUUGGGAAGGCUGUUUUGGUAGGUCCCUGAUUCUGUUCUCUACUCUCAAGGUUCCAAUCUCUUCCUUUGUACCUUGAACCAUGAUAGUUUCUUUUCUGUAUCAUUGGGAAGGCUGUUUUGGUAGGUACUUGAUUCUGUUCACUUCUAAGUUCCUAUCUCUUCUUUUGUAGUGUAUAGGUGUUUUUUUCUGGUUUUAUUGUUUUAAAAUAUAAUAGUUUUGUAUUAAAUUCGGCGGCGUAUGACCCAGCAGUUGCGGGGCCAAGAUGAACACUCAAAUAAUCAAUCGAUCAAUCUUCUUUUCACCUUGAACCACUUAAGGAUAGCUCUUCAGGGUCUUGGAGUGUCCUUACUAAUAGCCAGUUUUGCUAUUUGGUUAGUUUUUUGUCUUAGUUAUUUUUAUUUCGCAUUUUAUUUAUUCUUCAUUUACUUGCUUUUCUUUUUUUCAUUCUUGUUCUUCUCCUUGUUAUUGUUUUUGCUCCUCUUGUUCUUGUUGUUCUUCCAUGUAUUAGUCAAUCUAUUUAUGUGUAUCUAUCUAGUAUGGGUGUAGGGAACUUUGGCCCAGGAACAGCCCAGCCUUAAGCACUUAGACAAAUUCAUAGCUGCAGUCAUGUGUGUGGAGCCUAAAUUCUUUAUAAUUCUAGUUCUCGUUCCCUUUUCUGGAAGCUUGAUUUGGAAACUAUCCGAAGUACAUAGCGUAGUGUGAGUACCCAAGCACAGAGCCAAAUGUAUAUGUGAUUUCUUUGUGCCUUCCUCGUGUAGUCGGCCCCUGCAUAUAUUUUUCAUCCUUAGUUUGAACUGCAGUAAAACGCUUCCCAUAUCCAAACAAGAGUGCGUAGUUUUUAAAAGCAGCAGCUCGAGGGCAAAAAAAAAAAAAGAACCAUGAGAAAAAAAAUGCUAAUCACAGCUCCUAUGUAAAAGAGUGAAGAGGAGUGGUUGAAAGAGAGGUCAGGUCAAGGCAAAAAUAAAUAAAAGGCUAUGAAAAAAGGCCACUAAUCACUGCUCCUAUGUAAAAGAGUGAAGAGGAGUGGUCGAAAAAGGUCAAUCUGUUAUGCACUGUUGCCAUUCCUUUACCCGAGUUUGAAGUUCAUCAGUACAUAGGCUUUUGAAAGUUUAUAAGGCCUUGCUAGUUAGGUGAGUAGUCAUUCAGUUACCUUGGUUUGAAAGUCUGUAGUAAAUACGCUUUUUGAAAAAUUACGAGCUCGCCAAUUGAUAAAACUUGCAUUCCUUUACCUAAGUUUUGAGACUCAGUAGUGAAAAGGCCUUUGAAAUAUUAUAAGAACUUGCUAAAAUAACUUGCUGGCUGGUUAAAGUUGUCAUUAUUUAGCAAAGGGAUUGAUGAAACCUGUAAUUUAUAAUGACUGAAGUAUAAAUAAGUAUAGAAGGACCUAUGUUAUGUAAUUUUAAUGAAGGAAGUCUGAGAUUCAAGGGAAGUCAGACUCGUGAUAGUGACUGGUGGAGAGGGAAAGAACAUACCAUAGAUUUUAAGUCAUUGAUAGUGUAGGACAAGCAGCCGCACAAUAGGCCUUAGAGUUGCCAUACGUCAGCCCAGGAGGAAGUCAGCCUCUCCCUCGCUCACUUCCCUACCGCUGUGCAUUCUAGCUCAAGUUAAUCCGGUAGCAGCGACAGGCCAAAUUUGUGCCAUGAUAUAAACCCCCCAAAAUAGAUGAUGCAUAAAGUGAUCACAAAUGCAAAUGCAAAAUGAAAUGGUUUGUGUGAGUGAUGAUUUUUUCUCAUUUUUCUCGUUUAGAGGGACCAUUAAGAAUCAUGAUCCCCGCUGCUACCGGGUUAAAGAAGCAUUAUUAGGUAAUACCCACCUGCCUUUUUGGUACACACACACACUAAUUACUAAGUCCGCCAUGGCUGUGGAAAAUAAUAUCAGGGUACGAGUAUACAGUAAAGAAUGUAGUGUGUAUGUGGAGUGGUAUAUUUAUAGAGUAGCACAUUUUAAGCAUUUUCAUUCCUGUGUUUAGUUCUAAGUUUGUAGGGGAGUCUUGUAGCCACACACACAUGCUUAUAGGUGUGUGUGUGUGUGUUUGGUUUCGAGGCAUUUCUUCAGUGUGUGCCAGAACACUUGAUGCUUAAUGACAAACUGGUUUAUACAUGAGGACACAAGAUGUCUUAUGAAUACUUGGGUGUUUGUAUACGAGCCUUGCUUUGCGCGAACUCCAGUAAGUUGUUAUGUUUCCUCCUCAGGCACGUCCACUAUUUUCAUGCCAUUCCCGUGGAUCCUCGAUGACUAGGAUGGCAGUGUUGCUAAGAAAACGUAGGUAGGCCGAGUAGUGUUCCAGAUGUUAUAAAACUUUUAGAACACUGCACUAAUAUGCCAGGGUCAUUGUUAUACCUUGACUCGGUUUUCCAAAGUAGAAUAGUUUUAUUUUCUUGAUAUUGGUGCUGAAUAGAACACAUGAGGUGAACAUAUCCUCCUCCUCAAGACUGAUAACCAAUUCCAUAUUUGAGUUUCAUUUGUAACUUUUGUUUUGAUUAACUAACCUGAAAUCCUUCCAUUAGAGUAGUCAACCUUCUUAGCAAGUGAAGCAUUUAGAGUGAAGGGAAUAUCAAAGAGUAUCUAGAUCACUUAAGCCUCGUCCACAGGGGAACACUUUGCUCGGUGUGAUGUCAUAAAUGGAGAAACACAAGCAAAGCUUCGUAUAUGUUUUCCCUAAUGUUUAACAAAGUAUCGAGGCUUUGCAUGUUGCACAUCAAGGUCAGGUGGUUGGUGUGGCAUGAAGGUGCUGCCAGAUUACAUCUUUUGCCUUGUUGUUUUUACCUUUCUGCACGCUGCUUUAACAGAAUACGGAGCAGUUUUCUUUGUGCGUGUCCUGUGAUCCAUGUUGUCGUAUACCACUUGAUCCUGUCUCAGUCACUGUAAAGCUCUGACUGCCCAACCAACGUUGUUUGGACAGCAGCAUAAAUGCGUACGAUAGGCUUAGCCCGCAAAGAGGCAAAGUUUGCCGAGCAAAGUUGGCCCGUGUGGACGGGGUCUUAUGAUAUGUAUAAAACUCCUGGGCUGACACUUUCCCUGUAUUCCUUCCUUAUUAAUGUAUUGUAGUCAUGAGUGGGUGAAGAACUGGUGUAUAAACAGAUGUAAAGAUGUGGUAGCCGUAGCAAUGCAUAAUUUUAUACAACAUUCACAUUAACAAGGCAUAUAAGCUCCACCCCCUUCCCUGUUAAGAGCGUAAUCAUUGGCCAGUCCACGAGCUAGCCACGCCUCCUCCCAAAUCCUGGCUUGUGAUUGGUGGAUGCUGGGGAAGGGUGAAUCUUAUUGGUGGCUUAUUGGGCAAGCAUUGGUGGGACAUAUAUGCAAAAUUUAUGUGAAUGGAGUAUGUAAUAUGUUUCCCCAAAUGCCUGCGGGAAUUUAUUUGUAGCAUUUCUUGUGUGUAUAUACGAGCAUUUCCUGAGGUUGUGAAAGAAUGAAUGAUAUGAAAACAACA